GUUGGGAUGGAGUGAAUGUAAAAGAGUUUUCUUCUUUCUGGAUUUCUCCUCUUAAAUCGAAUGGAUGUGAAUGUUGUGUCAAUGUUACAAGAAUUUUGGGAAAGCAAGCAGCAGCAGAGGGCCGCAUUCCCCAGCAGCGAAGGUGUGGUGGUCUAUGAGUCACUCCCUUCUUCUGGGCCUCCCUUUGUGAGCUAUGUGACUCUCCCAGGAGGGAGUUGCUUUGGCAACUUUCAGUGCUGCCUAAGUAGAGCUGAGGCCAGGCGGGAUGCAGCUAAGGUGGCACUCAUCAACUCUCUCUUCAAUGAGCUGCCCUCCCGCAGGAUCACUAAGGAGUUCAUUAUGGAGAGUGUUCAGGAAGCAGUUGCCUCCACCAGUGGCACUUUAGAUGAUGCGGAUGACCCCAGCACAAGCGUCGGAGCCUAUCACUACAUGUUGGAGUCAAAUAUGGGGAAGACCAUGCUAGAGUUUCAGGAACUGAUGACCAUUUUCCAACUACUGCACUGGAAUGGAAGUCUAAAAGCGCUUCGUGAAACAAAGUGUUCUCGACAGGAAGUCAUCUCCUAUUAUUCCCAGUAUUCCUUAGAUGAAAAGAUGCGCAGCCACAUGGCCCUGGAUUGGAUCAUGAAGGAGCGGGAGUCACCGGGAAUUCUCUCUCAGGAGCUACGUAUGGCCCUGAGGCAGCUGGAGGAAGCCAGGAAAGCAGGACAAGAGCUACGAUUUUACAAAGAAAAAAAAGAAAUUUUGAGCUUGGCCCUGACUCAGAUCUAUAGUGACCCUGACCCCUCCUCACCCAGUGAUGACCAGCUGAGCCUCACGGCCCUGUGUGGCUAUCAUUAGCCAGGUCAGGUCCCAGGUGCCCCCAAGGACUCUAAAAUCAGGGAUCACUUUGAUGGAGGUUGCUAUGGAUAUUAGCAUCAGUAGCUACUACCUGAAGGCUGUGUUGACCCCUACCAUUCACAAAAGAGAGACUAGUAAGAUUCUUAUAGACCCAGACAUCCUGUUUCAUAUAUGGUUUCAAUCACAUGCCCAGCAGUUCUAUUUUGGAAUGAAAGGAUGAAGACAGAACUGUUUAGAAAGUAUUUUUCAGGGCCUGAGCCAAUCUAAAGCCUAGCUGACAUGUGCCUUGCUAAGUUACAUGCAUUGUUUCAAAAGAAUGGGCCAGUAUAGCAGCCUCCAAAAAACCAGCAGCCAGGACUAGGAGAAAUAGCAUGAUAGCAUUCUUUUAAAUACUUAAGAUUGAAUGAAUAGUAUGAAUUGUUUUAAAAAAUCAACAAGAGUCAGAGUCUUCUUAAAUCCUCCUGAAAAUUAGCCAUGAUAACAACAAAUGUUCUAUUUCUCAGACCAGAGGAAAUUUAGCUACCUAACUGCCCUAUUCUAAUAUCCUAAAAAAAAAGGUAAUAUAGUAUGUAAUGUUAGGUAGAUUUCAUUUUAAAAUAUUGUUUUAACAAAAGUUAUACCACUUCUCAUAACAAGGCUAAACACCACCAAAACGAGAAUUUUAGACUUUUGUAUUCCUGAAAAGGAAUUAGGAAUUUUUUGUGUGUGUUGAAUAAAUUUUCGAGUAAAGAAACUUUCUAUUUAAAGUAAUUUCUUCCACAAAAUCAUUACUUUUUACAUUCUUAUUUCAAAACCAGCAUACUUUCCCCAUGUUGGGUGUGAUCUUUAUGUGAGGUACAUCUUUAUUGUGUUUGCAGUCUUUGACAAUGGCCAUCUCAAGACGACGGUAUCAGAUUAGAUAUAAGAACAGGAUUUAGAUGGGACAAUAUCCAACCCAUCUUCUGUUCUACAAUUAGAACACUAUACCCAUUCUGAAAACAGUUGAUCUCUUUUUCCCAUCUGAUCAAAACUGCCCCUUGGAGUACUAAUGGAAGCUACAGCAAAAGUAACAAAACUCAGAAUCUCAGCUGGUCCCUUUGGUGCUCAUUCAAUAGCAAAUCAAUUUUCACUAAGACCUUGUGGAUAACAGUACAACACACACACACACACACUCCUGGCACAGAGAUGCUCAGGGCUGAGGA